UGAUCAAGUUGGUCACACAAACUACUUGUCAAAAUUGAUUUAAAUUGAUAGCAGUGGCGUAGGCUGCAAUCAACAUGAUAUCAGAAUAGUUUCAAAACGUCGUUAUGGAAAUCUUUUAAAGUUCUUGAAGUUUUUCACGAAAAUAAUAAUAUAAUGAAAAGAUGAAAUGGCAGAAAAGAGAUGAGUUGAGAAAGGCAAUAUCGUUGUACUAAACCAAUUAUAGAGUAUAUUCAAAAUCCAGAUGUUUGCUUUGCAACUACGGACAUAACUUUUGACAAAUUUGGUUUAAUACGGGCGUGCUUUUCGUAUCAGUGGAAACUUUCAAGCAAAUAUGAGAAAAGCAAUUGCGCUUUCGAUUACUUUCAAAAGUAUCAACAUGCAAUUCGAUUUAUUGUGAAUGGAGUAUUAUGAAGAAGAUGCAUAUAAUUUUCAAUUGUUGAUAGAUUGAUUUAGACCAAGUGGAAAUUUUGUUUGAAAAAUAAGUGAAACCAACUUAUUUCAAUAAAAGAAAAAAAGAAGUUUAAAAGAACAAUGCGAGAAACAUUGCGUGUUUGUGGGAAAAUAUUAACGACAGAUGACUACCAUUUCUUCGCACUUUCUUGUGAAAAAUGUGAUGCUUCCUUCGGUCAGUGGUCAGGAUUCCUUAAACAUUUGCACAAUAAACAUGAUCUUGAUUUGCCGCUAAUCAACACAUUUAUAAGGGAGGAUGAGCAAAAUCCAGAAUGUAAUGAAAUAGCUACUAAAGCGACUUUAAAACAAGAAAUGGAAAAUGAGCUAAAUAAACAAAUUAAAGUUGAUGCAGCCGAGUAUGAAAGUAAUGGGGAUUUCAGCGACAGUGAACCCGAUGAUAAUGCGAAAAAAGUAGAGUCCAAUGAUGAGGGUCAAGACAAUGAUUGUGCUAGCACUAAAUCGGAUGAGUCUACAGGUGCUUGGAAUAUGCCGGAGGACAACAAACAUUUGCAGGACACAUCGAGUGAAGGGGAACUAUUCCAAGAUUCUAAGAAAAAGCUUAAAGCGUUUAAUUUCAAUAUCCACGAAGCGUAUACUCGUGAUAUAUCGAAUAAAUUUCUUAAAAUAAUAGAAAAAUAUCCAAUAUUAUGGGAUCAACAGCAUUCGAAUUAUUGGUUGCCUGAAAAACGCACUCGUGUACUCUAUUCGAUUAAAGAAUAUAUGGGCAAAGUGGGUUACUCAGUCAGUGAUUAUGGAUUACGCAGUAUAAUUCAACGCAUAUUACGGGAUCAUAAAGCUUAUAAGCAAGAACUUGCUGUUUGCGGGCGCUUAGAUGAACGUAAAACGCUGUUUUUAAAGAAAUGCAAAUUUUUGGAUGGUCCACAGAAUGGUGGGGGUAUUAUAAAUGAAGCAGAAAACGACUCAGAUGAUGAUGACCACCCGCUUCACGAUGACUUAGAUGAUGAUGAAUUUCUUUUGAGCUCCGAUAUCGAUUCAAAUGCUGGAAAUAAUCCCACUGAAAUAAAUGCAUUUUUAAAAGAUUCGCGUGAUGGUAAACGCAUCUGUUUUAAUAUGACUGUAAAUCCACUAAUUGAUGAGUUCGUCAGUUUGCUGCGUGACAAUCCAGUAUUAUGGGAAGUGGGACAAUUUCAAAAUUUAACCGAACGGAAACGUAUUUUAGAAUCAUGGAUACCAAUUUUUCAAGAGCGUCACAAUGUCAUCUUUACUUAUAAGGAUCUUACAUUGAACUUAAAGAUCCUACGCAGAACACUCACAAACAUGGAAGAACGCAAAGUAUUGGCAAAAUCUGCGCAACAUCUCAAAGAUAUCUGCAGCUUCCUGCCUAAAGCCAAACCAAUUACACGCCUCAAAUGUGAAGAAUGUAAUCGUAAUUUUCUCACAGAAUACACCUUGCAAGCUCAUAGAUAUGCCGCACAUAAUAUUGGUACAAAUCCUUUCAAAUGUGAGGUGUGCGGUCGUGAUUUUCAAGCACACAAUCAGUUAGAUACACAUUUGCGUCGAGUACAUCUCAAACAGUUUUCCGUUUAUUGUGAUGUCUGCAAUCGUGGUUUCUUGCAGCACAGUGCAAUGGUGCUACAUCGUCAAACACACACCGGUGAGAAAAUGUUCGUAUGCGAGACAUGUGGUAAAUCGUUUAGACGGAAAAUUAAUAUGCAACAACAUUAUAUGCGUAUACAUUUGCGCCAGCGCAAUUUCAAUUGUGAACUUUGUCCGAAAACAUUCUAUUUAAAAUGCCAUCUACGCGAUCACAUGAAUGCUCAUCUAAAUAUACGCAAUCAUAUUUGCCCCACCUGUGGCAAAGCUUUUCACAGUAGUCAUGCGCUAAUGCGACAUAAGCAAAUACAUUCGGAGGUUAAGCGUUACGCUUGCAAGCUUUGUGAUGCACGUUUCCAUCAGUUUGUGGGUCUGAAUUCACAUAUGAAGAAUAAACAUAAAUUUGUAAAUGACAAGGAUGAGGAAGUGCAAUCACAGCCUGUGGUUCAUAUGACAACGCUGCCCGCCAAUACAACGCCAGACACUUCCAUGCAAAUCAAAGGUGAAAUUGUGCAGUCUUUGGACAGUUGGAAUAUGUAAAUAUAAAAUAAUCGAUUUAAGCUUAUUUUAGUGCUAUCUUGUCGGUUCUUUCACAAUAAUUAGUUUAUAAAUGUAAUUUUUUUUUAAACUAAAUUAUUUUGUGUGCAAAUUAACUGUCUAAUGUAAACAAUCGAGUCGUUGAAAACAUUCAGUGAAUAAUAAACCAAAGUAGUUUUAAAUACGAUUGAGCCAACAUAUUUAUAAAUGUUUUAUACCGUAUAAAAAUAAAUUUACUAUAUUAGUUUUUAAUAACAUAAAUGUUAAUGCGAUAUUAAUUAUUAAUGUGUAACAUGUUUCUCAUAUUAAUUGGAAACGAAAAAAAUUCAGCUUAUUUGCUGGUCCACUAUCGAAAUUAAACUAUCGGGCUGGGAAUGCCUUACACACUACAAUAGAGGUUAACUUAUAAUAUUUGCACAAUUUAAAAAAAAUGAAUACAUUUUAGUUAUUUGCUGUCAAUAAAACCUUAGAGAUGUAACCAUUCUUUUUCACUUCUCACUUUGACCGGUGCGAGGGUUUAAAUAUAAUAUAUAUAUUUUACAUACACAAAAUUAAAAUAAAGCACGUAUACCUAAGCCUUUUAGAAA